AUGGAGCUGGGCUGGCUUUGCAGCUCCGCGGUGUGGCUGCUGCUCCUCUGCAGCCUGGCGGUGAAACUCCUGCGCUCCGACCUGUUGCUGACGCCCAGGCUGCUGCUCCACGUGGGGCUGCUGCUGCUGCUGCUGCUGCUGCUGCCACCGCUGCAGGGCUUGGGCUGCAUCUGCCUGCCCCUGCCUCUCAGCGCAGCCCUCACCAGCAUGGCCUGCUGGCUCAUCCUGGCAGGUGCCACACGCAGGAAGAGGAUCCCUGCCCCCGGGAAAGCCGUUUUCAUCACAGGAUGCGAUUCUGGCUUUGGAAAGGCGGCUGCCCACCACUUAGACACUCUGGGAUUUACAGUCUAUGCCAGUGUGCUGGACUUGAAGAGCCCAGGCGCAGAAGAGCUUCAGCGGAGCUGCUCACCAAACUUAACACUGCUGGAAAUGGACCUGACCAAAGCAGAGGACAUUCAGAGAGUCCUGCACUUCAUCAAAGCUCAGACAGUGAGGACAGGACUCUGGGGCCUGGUGAACAACGCUGGACUCAACGACAUCCUUGCUGACGCAGAGCUGACACCACUGCAAAGUUUCCGCACCUGCAUGGAGGUGAACUUCUUCGGCCCCUUGGCACUGACCAAAGGGCUCCUGCCUUUGCUGCGCUCGUCACAAGGAAGGAUCGUCACGGUCAGUAGCCCGGCAGGCAAUAUGCCAUAUCCCUGUUUAGCUGGCUAUGGGACAUCCAAAGCUGCUCUUAAUCUCCUCAUGGACACGUUUCGGUGUGAACUUGCAUCCUGGGGGAUUCAAGUGAGUGUGAUCUUUCCUGGAUGCUUCAAAACAGGUAGCACCUAUAAUCCUGAUUACUGGAAGGAAAGGAAGGACCAGCUACUGGCAGCUUUAGGCCCUGAUCUCCUGGAGGCCUAUGGAGAGGAAUACAUGGAGGAGAACCACAAGCAGUUUCUGAAGUUCAUGAAGCUUGCAGUGGAUGACCUUGACUCAGUGGUGGAGAGCAUCACGGAUGGCCUCCUCUCUACUCAGCCUCUGGCAAAGUAUUACCGAGGGAGAGGCGUAGGGCUCAUGUACUUCAUCCACCACUACCUCCCCAACACUGCCCGGGACCUGUUCCUCAAGGCAUUUUUUAUCCAUCCACAGCUGCCCAGAGGCCUGCAGCUGAAAACCUGUGACACACCUCAGGAACAGUGAGGUACUUCUGUAGUCACUUGCUUUGGCACCCAAGCAAGAAAAGUGCCUGGAAAAUAUUUCUCUUUCAUUCCUCCAGGGACCACGAUAUCCACGGGAGAAGUGUGCUUUCACUGAAAAGACGGCCUCUCACAUUCGUCAGCCCAGAGGAACAUG